GCUGGGGUCGCGGGGACCGGAGCCCGGGAGGCGGGACCGGAGCCAGGGGCGGAGCUUCGGGACCAGCGGGGGCUGCCGCAGCGGGACCCCCGGGGGGACGGAGACGCGCGCCCCUCUCCAAGCCCACGUCGCCUCGCAGCGUCCCCGCGGGGAGGAGCCGGCCACCCGGAGUCACUAGGCGUUUCCAAAGUUUGGAUUCACCUCCCCGGGAGGAGUCUCCGGGCCGCGGUCCCUCCGGGCACCGGGCGCCACCCGCCUCCCAGGCCGGGACCCGCGUCUACCAUCGCUCGGCGGUGUCGGAGCCGCAAGUCGGGAGGCGCCGCGGGCCUGCGCACGCGCCGCCGCCCUCGCCAUCCUCCCCGCGGUGCUCCAGCUCCCCCCCUCCGCCCCAACUCCCGCCCCCCAAGUUCACGAGUUAAACGCGAGUGGACGGACGGCGCGGGGCCCGCGCGGGGCCAUGGAGGAGCCGCUGGGGUCGCCGCCCGCCGCCCUGUCGGCGCUGGAGAAGAACGUGGCGGAGCUGACCGUCAUGGACGUGUACGACAUCGCGUCGCUCGUGGGCCACGAGUUCGAGAGGGUCAUCGACCAACACGGCUGCGAGGCCAUCGCGCGUCUCAUGCCCAAGGUCGUGAGGGUCCUGGAGAUCCUCGAGGUGCUGGUUAGCCGGCACCAUGUCGCUCCCGAGCUGGACGAGCUGCGCCUGGAGCUGGACCGGCUGCGCGUGGAGAGGAUGGACCGCAUCGAGAAGGAGCGCAAGCAUCAGAAGGAGCUGGAGCUGGUGGAGGAUGUGUGGCGGGGCGAGGCACAGGACCUCCUGUCCCAGAUCGCCCAGCUGCAGGAGGAGAAUAAGCAACUGAUGACCAACCUCAACCACAAAGACGUGGGCUUCUCUGAGGAGGAGUUCCAGAAGCAGGAAGGCAUGUCCGAGCGUGAGCGGCAGGUGAUGAAGAGGCUGAAGGAGGUGGUGGACAAGCAGAGGGAUGAGAUCCGAGCCAAAGACAGGGAGCUUGGCCUGAAGAACGAGGACGUCGAGGCUCUGCAGCAGCAGCAGACGAGGCUGAUGAAGAUCAACCACGACCUUCGGCACCGGGUCACCGUGGUGGAGGCCCAGGGGAAGGCUUUGAUUGAGCAGAAGGUGGAGCUUGAGGCUGACCUGCAGACCAAGGAGCAGGAGAUGGGCAGCCUGCGGGCAGAACUCGGGAAGCUUCGCGAGAGGCUGCAGGGCGAGCGCGGCCAGAACGGGGAGGAGGAGGCCGAGGUACAGCUGCAGCCGGAUGGAGAGCAGUGCAUCUCGGACUCCGAGAAGGCUGCCCUGGACCUCAAGGACCCCAAUCGCCCUCGGUUCACACUGCAGGAGCUGCGGGAUGUACUGCAUGAGAGGAAUGAGCUUAAGUCCAAGGUGUUCCUGCUGCAAGAGGAGCUGGCCUACUAUAAGAGUGAAGAAAUAGAAGAGGAGACUCGAAUACCCCAACCUCCGCCCAUCAUACACCCAAGAACGUCCCCCCAGCAGGAGUCUGGGAUCAAGCGACUGUUUAGCUUUUUCUCCCGGGACAAGAAGCGCCUAGCCAACGCGCAGAGACCCAUGCACAUCCACGAGUCCUUUGGCCAGUGGGCGAACACCCACCGAGAUGACGGGUACACAGAACAGGGGCAGGAAGCGCUACAGCACCUGUGACCGUGCCCGCCUCCUGGACCGCCCACCGCCGCCUGCCCCGGGUGGCUGCCUCGACAUCGACCCCUCAAACGAACUGUCUGCUUUGAGGAGGGAUGAUGAGAAACUGAUGCCAGAUUCUAAAGAAGUGUUUAUUUAUCUGCAGGGCUACCCAGUUUAUACGCAACGCCUCUGACCCCUUAGCACCUAUAUUUAAUAAGACAAGGAUCUGAAGCGAGACCUCGUUAAUUUUAGUAACAAGCUUCCCGUGCUGAACACAUCACUUACCACCUACCAUGGCUGUCUGACUCCUAGGUUUAGUUGUUCUGUUUUCUUAUGGCCUUUGUCAUGUUAGCGAGAAGCCGUGGAAGGAGAGUUUUAUAUCAUGAAGUUGCCCUGGUGGUAGCAGGUUGUACAGGAUGUAUGGAUCGGACAGGCGGAGCCUCUAGUCCUGGGAUGAGCCGCCCAACUUGGAUGGGACACAAGAGAAAAUCAUCACAGUCCUCCCGGCCACCGGCUGGAAACAAACCUUGGGAUUGUCACUUGCUGCUCGUGGUAAGGCUUAGAGGCCCAAGCAGCCUGUCCGAAGUGGUGUGCCUUGGAAUCUGCUAUGGGCUGCUACACAGUACUAACCAAACAAAGUUGUUUAGGAUGAGACAUCA